UUUUUUUUUUUUUUGUUGUUGUUUUUAGAGCUUUUGUAAACCAAUACAAAACAAGGGUUUUCCCUUUUAAAGGACACUGCAUUAUUUCUAGAGGCUGGAUCUUCAAUCAAGGACUUAAUCUUACUUAUCUGAAAUACUUUGUGUGCUGACACAUCACAGUGCUGUACCAGCUCGAAAAAGAAAUCUAAUUCUAUCAAAUCUGCCAGCUCAGUUAAUAUGACCCUGCCAGGGAAGCAUAAGGCAUCACCUCCAGUUCUUUUAGGAAGGCAUCAGAUUCCUACUGCCAGCUCAAAUUCAAAGCACAGUGCAUGUGGCCAGAUUUGGAUUUUUUAAAAAUUUUUCUAAGGUACUUCUUGCAUCCUGGCAUGCAAAACCACAGAACAAAUUGGAAGAUGUCAUCUGAAUAUUUAGGUGGAAACGUAGCAGUUUGAGUCCUACAGACAGUCCUUUGGGAUUAGUCCUGAAGCAGAGAUGUGUGUUAUUCCAUCCUGAGACUUUUACAAACUCCUGUGUAAAGGGCAUGGUGUAGGGCUACCUGCAACCUGAAUCAGAGCUGAUCUGACAGUUUUUGUCUCUUUUUGACACUCUAGAGUGCAUCCAAAGCUGUCAGGACACCCAUGCCUGUAUCUUUAAUUCCUUUAGCCUAAUGGGAUAUAGUGAUGCCUUCUACGGAACCUGCAGCCUGCAUUACUGCAAGACUUUGUCUGUAUAUGCUGUUGCUCUGUGCACCUAAUCUUUCUUUUACUAGAGCUUCACUUAGAUUGUGCAAAUUAUCUGACUUAGUUUUUUUUUGCUGACAACACUGAGAAAAAUACUCAUUUACAUUGAAUUGAAGCAAUUUUUAGUAAUACAAAGGCAGAUCAAAAUAAUUAUGGUUUUGGAAAGUGAUGCAUUGUUGCUUUUAGAUUUACUUUGUCUGAAUUCCAUGUCCAUUUCAAACCGCUCAGGUAGUCAGAAUCACUCAUUUUGAAAGAAACAAGUUUGCCUUCAGAGAUGUCAGAAUGAUUCCUCUGAAUUUGAUGUGACCUGCAUUGUCACAGUUUGUCAGCCAAUGGCAAUACUGAUGUUAUAGCUGAAUCUGGGGUUUUGUUUCUUUUCUCUUUGAAACUAUUUUUGUAGUGAAGUUAUUAUUCUUUGGAAGGUUUACCCUGUUUUUCUCUUCAGGGACAAUUCUAUAUAUUUCAAGUAAGAAAAGGAUCUCUCCUGUUCCUCAGUCUGGUGCUUAUUAGAAGAAUUGGAACUCUUCCUUCUUGAUCUCUCUUCUCUUUUCAGCUCCUGUAUCCUCUGCUUUCCCCCUUUAGUUAAAAUCUGCCUUUAUUGAGAAGCAUUGACUUUAUGAUCAGGUCUCCUGUGGCUUCACUCUGCCUGCUAAAACAGAUCUGCUGCUCUUCUCAAGCAGCUGGCUUGAUUCUAGCCUAAAAAUUUAACCUGGGAAGAGAAAAUGAACUUCUGCUUGCCCACUAUCAAAUGUUCAGCUUCAUCCUUCAGACUCUGAUACUGAGGACUGCCUAAUACCUCCAGGGGAUCAAGCAGUAGCACUGGUGAGAACACAAAGCAGGUAGAAACUAAAUUUGCAGGCAGGACAUUGAUGCAUGCACAACAGCUGAGAAUGCCACAGCCACUGGAACUGUGUGAGUUGUCAUGGAAUCAUAGAACAUCCUUGGUUGGAAGGGACCCACAGGGAUCAUAAAAGUGCAGGAUAUCCCAAGAAUCCUACCCUGUGCCUGAGAGUGUUGUCCAAAUGCUUCUUGGGCUCUGUCAAGCUCGGUGUUCCGAUUGCUGCCCUGGGGAUCCUGUUCCAGUGCCCAGCCACCCUCUGGGGAGAGAACCUUUCCUGAGUCUUUUCGCUGAAGUCUGAUCAGUCAUGGUGAUGUACAGCCCUGAAACUUGAAUGUGAAGUGCUGCUCUGUAUUCAGUGCAUCGAGGGGUGUUUGGAGCAGUGAGGGUUACUUGAGGAAGUGACUGGAAGUGGCUGGAAGAAAAAAAAAAGCAAACAACCUUUGAGAGUGCUUUGAUCUGAAAUCAAGUAUCUGCACCAAGUCGGCAGAGUAUUUUUAGGAAGAGGGCACAGGCUGCAUGUUGCAAACUUCUCUCCAUGACUUAUAUGGACAUUGGAGCAUGGCUCUCUGAUGGAAUGUACAAACCCAGAUCAUCCAAUCCUUCAAGAACAAAAUUCCAAGAAAAAGAAUACAAUUCUUUCUACAAUUUGCUUGUUUUAGUGUAUGGCUUGCUCUCACACACAAAACCUGAGUUUUAAUUUCUGUAUGCAGAAAGACAAGGGUCUGCCUUCAGUAAACCCUCACCAGGAGAGGUGAGCAACAGGACACACAGAGUUGGAAGGAACUUUGAAGCACUGUGAGAAGGUGAAAGGAAAUACCCAGCUUGUCCUUUUUUAAGCCCAUUUGGGAAGAUGAAGCUUCUCCCUCAUGGCUGGAAGUAGUGGAGUCAAUCAAUUCAGCCUAAGCCUGGGGUGGUGACUGGCAGGCACCUGCUGCAGCCUUUCCUUUCUGCCUUACUUUGGACCCUGCAUUGCUCCCAGCCAGUGCUGGGGGCAGAGCCCGAGGGGCAAAGAUGGUUGUGGUAAGGAGGAGGAAUGUGAAGAUGUUCACUUUUGCCUUUUUGCUCAUCACCGUGACGUCCUUCCUGCUGAACUACACACACCAGGUGACCACCACCACCUGGGACCCGCGACACCUCGUCGUGCAGUUUUCAGAGCAUGUCCAGAAACUCUUCAAGUACCCCAGGAGACCCUGCAGCUGUCACACGUGCAUUUCGGAGCUGGGCCGCUCCCUCUGGUUCGAUCAGAGAUUUAACUCAACUAUGCAACCUUUCCUGACCUCACAGAAUGCCUUGAUCCCAGAAGACAGCUACAGGUGGUGGCUGAAGCUGCAAGGAGAGAAAGCUCCCAAGAGUUUGAACGCCACCCUGGCAGAGCUGUUUGGGGUCAUCCCUGGGGACGGGGACCCUCUGCAGGAGCGCGGCUCCUCCUCCUGCCGGCGCUGCGCCGUCGUGGGCAACUCGGGCAACCUGCGGCAGUCCCAGUAUGGCCAGGACAUCGACUCCCACGACUUCGUGCUCAGAAUGAACCGUGCCCCCACUGCAGGCUACGAAUCAGAUGUUGGGAGCAAGACCACUCACCACUUUGUUUAUCCUGAGAGCUACAGAGAGCUGGCAGCAAAUGUGAGCAUGAUCCUGAUCCCCUUCAAAACCCUGGAUCUGCGCUGGGUCGUCACCGCCCUCACCACAGGCACCAUCAACUUCACAUAUGUUCCAGUUCCAAGGAAAAUCAAAGUCAAAAAAGAAAAGAUCCUGGUUUAUAAUCCAGCUUUUAUGAAGUACAUCUAUGAAAACUGGCUGGAGCAUCAUGGGAGAUACCCCUCCACAGGCCUUCUGUCUUUGAUGUUUGCUCUCCACGUAUGCGAUGAGGUGAAUGUGUACGGCUUUGGAGCAGACAGCAAAGGACACUGGCAUCAUUACUGGGAAAACAACACUUCAGGUGGGGCUUUCCGGAAGACCGGCGUCCAUGACGGGGAUUUUGAGUUCAAUAUAACUUUGACUCUUGCCUCCAUUGAAAAAAUAAAAUUUUUCAAGGGCAGAUGACCCUGGCCACGGGGACAAGUGGGGGCUGCAAUUUCCAGCAUGCAGCGGAACAAAGCUCAGUGAAGAUGAUCUGGGCACCAGCCAGGUUUGAAUGCGUGGAUCUGCGGUGGGUUUGGAGCAUCUCAUGCCGCAGGGAUGAGGCCGAGGCUUCCAAGCUGCACAUGAUUUCCCUUCUUGGGAUAGCUGGGAGCUGCCAAUCAGCUGGAAUAAAUUAAUCUCUGCUUAGGC